AUGGCGGUCCUCUCGAAAUCUCUGGCGACGGUGACGGGCGCCUCGCUGCUGCUGCUCGCGCUCGCCUCGCCGCGCUCGCAGCGCGCCCGCCUGUACCUCAAUGCGCUCCUCUACGUCGGCGGCCUGGGCGUCUGCUCAGUGUGGGGCGUCCUCGUGUCGAUUGUCCUCUCGCUCGUGCCCGGCCAGCGCCUCAACAUCAACAAGGUCGUCGCCCGCUCCUUUUACUACCUCACCGGCACCCUCACCGGCAUCCGCUUCGAGGUCGAGGGCGAGGAGCACUUUAGCAACAAGUCGCCCGCCGUCCUCGUCGGCAACCACCAGACGGGCAUCGACAUCCUCUACCUCGGCCGCAUCUUCCCCGGCUUCGCCAGCAUCAUGGCAAAGCAGGAGCUCAAGUUUGCCCCUUUGCUCGGCCAGUACAUGCUCCUCAGCGGCGCCGUCUUUAUCAACCGCAAGAACCGACACGACUCCAUCAAGGCCUUUGCCCAGGUCGGCGCCGACAUGAAGCGCAAGAACCUCAGCCUCUGGGUGUUUCCCGAGGGUACGCGCUCCAACCUCCCCUUUCCGGACCUGCUCCCCUUUAAAAAGGGCGCCUUCCACCUCGCCGUCCAGUCGGGCGUGCCCAUCAUCCCCGUCGUCUGCGAGCACUACCACCGCCUCUUUGACGGCAAGACGCGCUUCGAGUCGGGCACCAUCAAGAUCAAGGUGCUGCCCCCCAUCGCCACGUCGCACCUCACCGCCGACGACGUCACCGACCUCACCAACUCGGUGCGCCAAAAGAUGCUCGACGAGCUCAAGGCCAUGGACGCGCAGCGGCAGCAGCACGACGUCGCCGCCACCAUUGCCGGCGCCGAUGCUGCGCAGCAGCAGAUGCCCGCACCGCGCCUUGGCGGCAUCGCCGGCCUGAUGGCCAAGCUCGUCGGCACCGGCAGCCCGCAGAGGAAGACCGAGAAGCUGCAGAACAAGCUGGAAAAGCAGGAGCAGCAGCUCCGGAAGCCGGGCACGUCUGGCACAAAGGCCGACGACUACGGCCUCGUCACAGAGGCCCAAAAGCAAAAGCAGCAGCAGGGCGCCGACGCCUCGACCGCCGCCACCGCAUCGGCGGUCCGAAGCGACGAGGCCGACGAGAUCCGCCGGCGAAAUGCCGCUGCCACUGGCGGCGGCGGCAGCAGCACCGAGGGGAACGGCAGCGGGAGCAGCGUCGGCGAGACCGACGAUGACGGGAACGUCGUGAUCAGCAGGCCUACUUCGAUCAGCUGA